ACAUAUUUUCCAAUAAUUUAAACGUUUACAGUUAUAAAGACAAAAAUAGUUUAGCUGUUUUAACGUAAUCAUAUAGUUUGGCUUUUCUGUUGUUAUGAAUAUCUGGCAACUCGCAGAGAAUCACAAACAUGCGGUAGUAGGAAGUGAAUGAGGAGAACAUAUGCAAGAUAAGGGUCUACAGUAGGAAAUAUCUGUCGGAAUAAAUUCUUGAUUUACACACCUUCAAACCUUCCUGUUAAGGAUGUCACCCGAUGAAAUAGUUUACCUACAAAUCCUUGCUGCAUCAAUACCUGUAGGAUUUCUUUUCCGCUACCUAAGCCCUUCGGUUAAGCAGGGAGCAGCGUUGCUGUUGGGUUUGAUCAUUACAAUAGCAACCUGUGGCAUCCACACUUUGCACUCUCUUUGUACAGUGUUGGGAACAUGGCUAGUCAUAAAAAUCAACUGGAAAAAUGCACCUUCUCUGUCUUUGGGUUGGACGUUUCUUUAUCUCCUCUUUUUCCGUCUGGCUACCUGGUUUGGCCUUCCUUCCCCAACACCGUUUGCCAACGCCAUCCAACUUCUCUUAACAUUAAAGAUGGUCAGUUUAGCCAAUGAGGUUCAAAGUUAUCACUUGGAGAAGAAAAAAGAAGUGAGCUCCUUUACAAAGUCCCCUGUGAUCCGAGGACUUUCCCAUGAGCCUUCACUCUAUAACGUUAUUGCAUAUAGCUACUGCUAUGUGGGAAUAAUGACAGGUCCUUUCUUCCGGUAUCAGACGUAUGUUGACUGGUUGCAGCAGCCUAGUCCCCUUUCUUUGCCGGGUAUAGCUCCCUGCCUUCGGAGGCUUCAGAUGAUACCCGUUUACGGAGCACUCUUUGUGUCCGUCAACUAUGUUUUCCCUUUAUCUUAUGUCCGUACUGAGGAAUUCUUGGAGAACAACUAUUUUUACAGGUUUUUCUACAUGGUGGCAGUAUUUUUCGUGUUUCGAAUGAGAUUCUACUCGGCUUGGUGUGGUGCAGAGGCAGGUUGUAUCAGCGCAGGCCUGGGAUGUUACCCACAGGGGGCACUGUCCAAACCUGGAGCCGGUCCAACUGUGAACUAUAAUCCCGAUCCAGGAACAGAAGUGGAUUAUGACUUCAAAACAAUCCAGAACAUUGACUGCUACAACACCGAUUUCUGUGUGAAAGUGCGUCAUGGCAUGCGCUACUGGAAUAUGACGGUGCAAUGGUGGCUUCACCACUACAUUUACCCCAAUGCCCCUUUCAGAGCGUACGCUCUCAGGGCUGGAUGGACAAUGUUAAUCAGUGCAUACUGGCACGGCCUCCAUGCUGGUUACUAUCUCUCUUUUCUCACCAUCCCACUGUGUAUCGCAGCAGAGACGGCCAUGGAGGCAUCCGUCAGGGCACGUUUGGGGCCCGCAGGCCAGAAUAUCUUUGACUGGGUCCACUGGUUCCUCAAAAUGAGAGCUUACGACUACAUGUGCAUGGGAUUUGUUCUCCUGAAGGCCAGUGACACCAUCCACUACUGGAGUUCAAUAUACUUCAUUAUUCACAUCAUUGCGGUUGUUUGCAUAGGAGUUGGACAAAUAAUGAAAGGGGGGAAGAGGAGGGAGAGGAAAGAUCAAGGUGAGGGAGAGAAGAAGGAUGUAACAAGAGAAAAGGCAGAGUGAAAUGAAUGCUUUCAUUGUGCUGAUAACUGGAGAUGGUAUGUUUACAUAUAAUUAUAGAAAAAAACUAUUCAUAACAUGCACUGUAAUGCCAUAUACUGCCAUUUAGGUUUUGAGCUUUUGACAAUAUGACACAAGGUGUUUUGUUGCGAAUACAACUCAAUGGGAUCAACUUAAUUAUUUGGUAACGCUUUACAGUAAGGUUGUAUUUAUUAACAUUAGUAAAUGUAUUAGCUAACAUGAACCAACAAGCAAUAUAGGUUAUCAGCAUUUAUUAAUCAUUAGUAUUAGUAAAUUCUGAAAUUGGCAUAAACUAAGAUUAAUAAAUUCGUUCAUGUUAGCUAAUGCAUUAAUUAAUGUUAACAAAUACAACCUUACUGUAAAGUGUAACCAAUUAUUUUCACUUUAUUACCAGUGAAUUUUGCUUUUGGUUUGCCUUUUAGUGAAUUUAGUCAAAUCUGUCCCAUACUUUGCUGUUAAAGUAAAUACACUGAAGUCAAACAGGUGCGUGUGCACAUUUAAUGCGUUUGGCUCUGGUGAUCCGUAUCUUUACAAUUAUAAUUUCUUGUUUUUAUAUAUUCAUAUAUUAGAAAUAGCUCCGUUAUGUUACCUGGUGAAACUCUUAAAGGUUUAUCUUUACCUGGUCAGUAAUGUUUCAAAGUUUUUAUGUUGCCAUAAUCUAUUAGAGAGAGGUUUGUAUUUUUACAGUCAUGUGUUAAUGGUGUUCUCUGGGAACAGUGGCUCUGGGACUAGAUUUCAUCCGAACAUGUGUUUACAAAAAGGCUGGUGAGUGUUAGGGAUUUUAGCAUACAUUCGUGAAGCUAUGCUGUCUCUGUAUUGUGUGUAUGAGGUAAUACGACCUUUAUAACAACAACAAAACCAUUGAAAGUAAAGGACAUAAAAUUUUAGUCAGCCUUGUUUUUCAUCCGUUCUGCAGGGUGAAAUGGAUAUUUAUUAAUGGUUGUGUAUGUAUGUGUGUAUGAUGGUUAUUUGUAUUCUGCACAGAAUGCAGUUUGCAAACUUUCAUGUUCUUUCUGUAAAAAGUUGUUUAAAAGUAGACAGACGUGAAUGUUUAUAAUCAUCAUUUAUACAUCAGACACCAUAUGAUGUCAAAUACACUUUGAUGUAAACUUGUAAAGUUCUAAAGUUUUAAAUUUACUUUUUUUACUUUCUAUCACAGUAAAUGUAAGUACUUCCUGUUAUAAUGCAUUUUUUUGUUUGGAAACACUGGUGGUACACUGUAAAAAAAAUCUGUAGAAAUUGCAGCUGAGUUGCCGGUAAUUUACCGUAGAUUUAAAUUUAUGUUAUUUACUGGCAACAUUUUGUUCAAAGUUAAAUGAACAUUUAACAUUUACAAGUCUUUGUCUUUACAGAGUAAAACUAAAAAACAGCAUCAAGCAAAACAUUCUGGGAAACAAAAUGAAAAAGGUUGAUGAUGAUUUCUGGUUCCCAGAAUGCUUUGCAUGAGGCUGUUAUUGUAUAGUUUUAUUCUGUAAAGAUAAAGACUUGUUAAUAUUUAAAAAAAUUUUAACUUUGAACAAACUCU